AUGGCAGAGACAUUCCACGUGUUCUCAGACCUUCCCAAGGAGCUGCGGCUCAAGAUCUGGGAGCAGGCCAUGAUCGAAGAUCGCCCCAAUCGACGCAUCCUCCUCUACCAGGGUCGUGUCGUGCCCUUCAAGCAAUUCAUUAGCCCGCUACUUCUCGUCAACCAGGAGUCUCGAAAGUGCGCCAAAGCCUUCUACAAUGUCAAGCUCGACAUCUACGCUGUUCCUCCAGUCCGUCAGGACCAGGUCGAAUGUCUGGAAAAGGACAAGCACUGGGGCCAGACCAAAGGCUUCGAACGGGCUGUGGACGGAAUCAUCCGGGGCUACACGGACAAGUAUGUCGUCUAUCGAUAUGAAGAUGAGUUGGAAGUCUACGAAUACGAAAGGCCCCCCUGGAGCGACCGAGACUUCAUGGACCUUGAAGAGUAUGAGGAAGGAUUUCGAGUUGACUUGAAGAGACACUGGUCUCUCUUUGUGUGGCGGAAGCUAUGUGUCCUCGGAGCAAGUUCCGUUGGCGAGGUCCAGGAGUCGGCGUCCAGCACCGGUGUAUUCUACAUCAGUCCGGAGCAUGAUAUAUUUAUUGACGACUACGACUGCGGAGUACACUUCUGCAUUGAGAAUGCUUCAAAGAUCCUGGGGACAGACUUUCCCUUUCUCCAAGAAGUAGCCUGCCGCCACGUAUCUGCAAAGUUAUCCGCCGCUACGCGUCACAGAGUCUCCACCCUUGCACUCGUCAGGCUUGGAAACAUAUGUGAUGCAGAGCAUUGUGUCUUCGCCGAAUUCAAAUCCUUCAAAUUUGACCUCGACUUUGAUAAAUUGAAUCGCUACCGGUCCUGGGCUUAUCGAAGAGAUUGGAAAAAGAAAGCCUUUCCGCGUGUUCGCUCAUACUUCGUUUUGAGGAAGUCUGACCUCGAUCCAUUUUCCAACUUUCUGGCAGAACUGACAGAUUCGAACAACAUCAGGCUUUCUCAGUGCCUUGAAUCAUGGGAGUCAGAGUACGAAGGUGGUAGAGGAAAGCACAGUCUGUAUUUAAGACCCAAAAAGGGCGGACCAUUUGGUACAGAACCGGCGGAUUGGGUGCGCGAUCUCAUGGCACAUUGGCAAGUCAGCACUUGA